AUAAUUUUGACCAUUUAAAACCAGAACGUACUCCAAUAAGACAGACGUAGAAUCCAAGGAACUGCCGUUCACUAAUUCUACAACACGAAGUUUGAAGUCCAAUCUUUUGAAUUAGCAGCGUUUUUUGAAAAGGAUCGGUACUGGUGUGCUUUUCUGAUACAAACCGUCAGAAUGACCCAAAGGUCGCAUGAGUAUGUUCCUCCCGAAAUAAUUUCAAACACGAGAGACUGUUACCUUUUGUUGCAAUCUGGAGAACUCCUCUUGGUUAGAUAUAUGAAUGGCUUACAACUGCUGGGAUUUUGUUUCGUAUUUUUCGGUCUUGCUAGUGCAUUUCUGGGACUGUUGGAUGUUGUAUUAAUUCCGUCACUUUCUCCAACUGAUAACAAGAAAUAUCCAGUAGAAUUCAACUUAGCAAAUGCUUAUGGCAUACCAAUCUACUCAGGUGUGUUAAUGUUUUUGACUGGCGCUAUGGCCUUGCGUACUGUUGUGAGUGAACGCUUUACGUCUCUGCGGAAGUUUUAUGUAUCUCUUUGGAUGUCGCUGUUACUUACUAUCAUUUAUUGGUGCUGUUUGAUAGCUGCUAUUUCUUGGGGAUAUUUUUCAACAGGCACAUCAUACAAGAUUUCUAAUUCACAUCUAGUGACAAGAGUUUUUACUGCUGUGAAUUCCGGGCUUUCAUUAAUACCCUGUUCCACUGGUUUGGUUAUGUACAGCCGUCCUGUACUUGGUAGAUAUCCGAAUAUUUGGUGUUGCAAUUCGCUGCUCCAACGGUUGACACACUAUUCUCCAUACAGACAACUUUCAGCUGACCGAACUCAGACAAGCAGCACUGGUUCUGUGAAUGUUACUGGAUGAAACUGGAUUACAGUGGUGUGUGGUGUGGGAUUUACUAUUGUUCAUCGUAGGAAGUCAUAAACUUUAUCUCGAGUUUUUAAGAUGUUGACACAUAUUGGCUGAAGAAAUCAUGCAACAUGUUAAGCGUUUUCGUAGCUGUUUUCUCUCAACUGCUGUCUUCUUAAUUCUUACUAUUCAUGUUAAUAUUGUGCUGGCAUAUACAGUCUUUUUUAUAGUUACAACUACUUGUUUGAUUGCAAUUAAUCUGAAAUGCUUCUACAUUUGUUUCCCAAUACAAGUUUAAAAUAAGUAACGAAUGUCAAAAGAACAGGAUUUAAUGAAUUCAUAAAUGUUAUCUCAAUGCUCACCUGUUUUUCUCAUGAUGUCGCCCUAAGUGACUACUGACCACCUUUUUCAGAACAAAUAAUCUACUCUCAACCGACUCAGUUCUCACCCCAAUGUCCAGACUAGUAUUUUCAUUAUAAUCAGUAUUUUCUCACCCGAAAUCCACAUUAUCCAAGUUCCCAUUUGAUUUUGUAAUAUGUCUUCAACCUACGCAGUUUGAACAUCCACUUCACUCCUACUUUUUGCAUUACCAGCUGACCUGUAAAAGUUAUUCAUUUUAUGUCUUUACACCUAAAUCGAUGUCCUAAACUACUUCAUGUAUGUAUGCACGUAUGUUUUCUUGCAUUUCUUAUUGGCGCAUGUCUAUGAUGUAGCUGACGAGUUCUGCUGAAACUAAUGAAGUCAUUAAAUCCUGCUUUCA